UAACCAACCAGUCCGCUGGAGCUCAAUCAGUGCUUACUAUUUCACCGACCUUGGUCGAGAGCAGUUGACAAAAACAUAACUUUUUGAAAACAUUAGUUUAUUCAGUACUCAGACUAAGAACUUUGUUGCAGUUUUGAAGGGAUCGCAGCGAAACGGCGAGACACAAUGAUAUCCAUUUACGACCCUGAUCUGCCAUGCGUGCACAAAAUAGCUGUUGAUAUAACCAAUGACAGCAAGAUCAGGAUACAAGGAAGCUUACCACAUGAUGCUCACAGAUUCUGGAUAGAUCUCAAAUGCGGUGAUGACGUCGCAUUCCACAUCAGCAGAUUCGACGAGAUGGAGAUAGUUCGCAACACCUACAGUGCCGGAAUUUGGGGGGAAGAAGAGAGGAGCGGGGGUAUGCCCCUUUGCAGAGGAGAUAACUUCGAUAUGCUGAUCGCGUCUGAUGAAGAAUCUUUUAGGGUGUCCAUCAACGGGCAGCACUUCUGCGAGUAUAUUCAUCGCAUCGAGUACGAUCGCAUCACUCACCUGGUCGUCUUUGGCGACGUCAAAAUUAUAAGGUGCAAUAUUGUCGCACCGUCCCAAGAUCCCUAUGGCCAGAAUAUGCAGUGCGUGCAUAAAAUACCCGGUGGCAUAUGCAGUAGCAAUAAGAUCAGAAUACAAGGAAGCAUACCACAUGAUGCUCACAGAUUCACGAUAAAUCUGAAAUGCGGUGCUGACGUCGCAUUCCACAUCAACCCUAGAUUCGACGAGAUGGAGAUAGUUCGCAACACCUACAGUGCCGGAUUUUGGGGGAAAGAAGAGAGGAGCGGGGGUAUGCCCCUCCGCAGAGGAGGCAACUUCGAUAUGCUGAUCGCGUCUGAUGACGAAUCUUUUAGGGUAGCCAUCAACGGGCAGCACUUCUGCGAGUUUGUUCAUCGCAUCGGGUUCGUGCACAUCGACCACCUGGUUGUGUACGGCGACGUCAAUAUAAAACUGAUCAGCUUAUAAAACUGUAAAACCUUUUCUAUUUAUGUUUAAGAUUUGUAUAAAACUGUAUUUUACGUGAAAUGUAUAACGGAGUACCAGAAGUGGUUAGAAUCUUCGUUACACUUGCAUCUUGUCAGUAGUAAUUUAGUAGUUAAAAAUGUAAUAACAUCAUUA